GGGCGGCGCUGCUCCCGGAGGUGGGCGGUGAGGGACGGCGCUUCCUGCGGCGGCGGCGGCGCUGCUCCCGGAGCCCGCGCGGGGCCCGUGACCGGCGGCUCCCCAGGGUGUGUUCCAGGAGCAGCUGGAGCGGUGCAUUUUGCAACUGGAGGCAGAUAUCCACCUCACCCCACAUCCCAAACUAGUGCCCAGCAGCAGGGAAGGCAGCUACUGGAGGGGAGGCAGGAGCUGAGCACAGGAACGGGCAACAGAAGCAGUGCCCUGGCCAGAAGAGGCACUGAGCCAGUAGAAGAGACCCAACACAUUUUCAAGGUCCUGUGCUCCCCUGAGACUCCUCUUGCAGAGAAGCAACAAGUGAUGAGCAAUGUGUUUGGGGAUUGUUAUCUCAAGAUAGAUGAGGGUCAGAAGAGUUUGGAGAAAGGCAUGAACCCUGAUAUUGUGAAAGUACAGCGAAGCAAGGGGCAGGCUGCAGAUGCUGUGAAACCAUCUGACCUGACCCCUGAGGCAAUGCCAGAGCUGUUCACAUCAUCUGGCAGCAGCUUCCGAUUUGAUUUUACACUUUCUGAGACCAACCCAGAAGCUCACCCUGGUGACAGUGGUGCUGAGCAGGUAGAGAACAAUGUCAGAGCCACCAAGCAGGAGAACUGGAAUGGAGCCUUGAGGUUUGCUGCCUCUGAACAAGAACCCAAGUUUGCUUUCAACUUUGCAAUCCCAGAUGAAGACUGUCCUCAUCUUCAGUUACUUCCAGCAAGCCAAUACACAGAGCACACAGCAGAUCCUUCACUGCCUGCUGAAUCAGCAGCCCUGCCACAGGCUGCAGCCUUGCAGAAACCUGAGGUGACUCAAGUGACAGGGAGUGCACCCAAAGAGGAUAGAAGCCAUGUCACUUCCAAUAUCCCCCAAACAGAGACAGCCCCUGCAGAUGAGGCAGGGACAGAGAAAUCAACAGGAGGUGGAGCUUCCCAGAAGAAGAAAAAGAAGAAACAAAAAACACUUGUCAGUAAAAACAAAACAGAAGAAACUCAGACCAGCAGGAAGGCAAAGGCGGAAGCUAACAGUUCUCAAAAUACAGAUACUUCCCAUGAGAAGGAGAAGACCUCUCAGCAGUCAGAUGAGCAGCUGCGGAAGGAGGUGGACUGGUGUGUGAACCAGCUGGAGCUCGGCCUGAAGACGCAGAAACCCACUCCAAAGCAGGCUGAAGAGGCUCUCAGGGCAAUCAGAACACUGCGCAGUGACAAGGCUCCGCUGGUGAAGAAGCGUCAGCUCAUGAGAGCCAUGUUUGGAGACUACAGGAAGAAGAUGCAGGAAGAGCUGUGCAGAGAGCUGAAGCUUAUGGAAACAGCUGCAAAAUCUGCCAAGAUCGUGGAGUUAAAGGGAAGCAUCCGCAAGAAGAAUGGCCAGUUCGUCCGGAAGUGCUUGGGAGCUUGCAGGAAAAGCCAGGGUUCAGCAGAAUCCCAUUCAGAGUCACACAGGACACUUAACACAGGCUUAUUCAAUUUCACAACUCCCCAAGAAUUUUGCUUUAAUUUCUUCUAGAAAAGUCACUUUGACUAAAGUUGUGCCAGAUCUCCUGUAAACUGAAGAACAGUGGAAAUAUGCUGUGCAGUAGGAAAUGUCAUGCGUGAAUCUCUGGUCCUCUUCUAGGGUGCCUUAUCUAGAAAUUUAAACCAGAUCUGCCUUCUGUGCAUAUGACCCCAAAACUCAGCCUGCAUAAGUGCUUCUCUGUGCUAACACUGGAGAGAGGCACCUUUGAAAGGGUCAGCAGUAUGGAAGGGUCUGCUUUCUUUCCUGUAGAAUUGACAUUAACUGUAGAAUAUGUCUUUUAUACCAUGAGAUUUUCCCUUUCUUCUGUUGCUUUUAAAUAGAGCAGAGCCUUUCUAGCAGCUGAGGCAGCAAUGCAUACAGCAGGCAGUGGUUUGGAAUCGAGAUCCAGCAGUGGAUGGCUGGGUGCUUCCACUUCCUGAGUCUAUGUGAAUGCAGCUUCUGGCAUCUAGCAAACACCAGCAGUGUGUCAGCCUUGACAUGGGAGGAGCACGAGCUUAGGGUCUUUGGGGGAAAGUGAGUGAGAACCAUUUUUGCUCAUUCGGCUCUUUCACUGACAGGUACAGACCUAGAAUAAAGCUGCACAUCAUGGUUUAAUCCAGCCUAGGAAUGUAAGGACAGUUGUUCCCAGGAAAACAAGGAAAAUUUUUGUUGCUGAAGCCAGGUUGUGGACAGCUAGGAAGGAUGUACACUCAACUCUUAAAUAAAGUUUACUUUAAAAGUAGCUCAGUUACAACCACAGUGCCUCAGAGGGAAAAUUAGCUGCAUGCCAGCCUUGGAUGGUGGUAAAAUCAACUGUCACAGCCUGAAGACUCUCUUGCAUUUGAUUUGUGUUAAAUUUUGGCUAUGUGUGUGUGUACAAACACCUGAACUGGUUUUUACCUUUCUUAAUUUUGACCUCGGACUCAAGGAGACCUCAGAAACAGGCUGGGGACUUCACAGAGGCACAGGCUGUGCCAAGCAUGCUGCCUGUGCAGACAGAAGCUGCCUUGGCUGGUGCAGAGGAAGGACACGUGCUCUGCCUCCUCUCAGGACUCCCUGCUGGGUGCUGAGCCAAGGCCACUCGCAUCAGACCUUUCCUCCUGGCAGGCAAGGCCAGUCUCUGGUCCUUCUGGACUCUUGCUCAGUGAGGACACAUCAGCCUCCCCUGUGCCCUUCUCAUCCAGGCAAGGGGGUUCUUAGCAUCAUGCCCUGCUCUGCUACAGCAGCUCUGUGCCACUAGCAGCCUGCUCUAGGGACAACCCUUGCAACUGGGGAUCACAAACCAAAUUGGUGGGGGGUGAAGGUAGUGUAUGAAGGAAGGUGUCCUGCCCAGGAAAAUGGGUUAGAGGAGAGCUGAACACCCAGUUAAUCAGCUCCUGCCCGGGUGCAACUUUUAUUGGUGUGGUCCUGCCCAUAUUUUGCCAGACAGUGGGGAGCAGCAGUACCAGACUCCAGAUCUGCUGAGUUUGUGGGGUGAGGAGGGUGCAAUCUGCUCAGUAAAAGAUUGUUUCCUACACAGUCUUAUCUAUCCCGAACGGCGCAGCAGCUGAUCGGAGGUUCCAACAACAGCAUGUGUGGAGCACUGGUUUCACCUCAUGGGUUUCUGCACCCUGUGCUGUUCCAUGUAUGGUGACAGUAACCCCAGAGAGAUCCUGCCUGCUCACUGGCCAAGCGAGGGGUAGGGAAAAUGCAGAUCCUAAUCCCACACUCAUUCUGAACCUUGGCAUAGACAGAUUUUUACUGAACAAGGUUCUGUGGAGGGGAGGGCAAGAUUGAUCAUCAUGGCAUUGACCCUCAUGAGAAGGAAGCCACCUGUAUCCUUGAGGUUCCACAUUCCUGCUGUGUCUGUCUCAGCUGCAUCUUUUCCUUGCAGGCAGCUGUCUUCCGCUGAGGUCCAUGGGUCCCAGCCAGCUCCAGUGCCAGCCAGGAUGAGCAGCACAGGAGGAGCAAGUCCUCAGGCUUCCACUGUCCAGCCUCCUGUGCCAGACAGCCCCUUCCAGGCAGCAUGGCUGGGAAGACGGAGCACUAGGCACCUUAUCUGCUCGGUGCUGCAUGCAAUCCUUGGGCAGCCUCUGAGAGACGGUUCUUCCUCCCGGUUCCAUCCUGCCA